GAAACUUUUGUUGAAGUUAAACCAGAGAUUGUUUGGGAUCACAGACUUAUCCACUCGGAGAGAAGCUAUUUAUAUGAUGCUAAGAAUCAGCCUCUCAUCUUUGAGUGCCUUCCUGAUGUCACCAGCAACGGAAAAGGACAUUCGUAUAAUAUUGUGAGCAGAAAGCUCUCUGGCAGUCACAACAAUAUUUGGGAGUAUAUCUACUUUACUCAUCAUGGAGAACAGAGUUACAUAUUCCCAAACACAGGAAGAGGAAUCUGAGAAAGAGAAACGUAGAUUUCAAAUGGGAACGUCGACUCUGAAGAAAAGAUUUAGAACAAGUGCGGAAGAACUUGAUGAUAUACCGGUUUCAUCCAUAGACCUUUCAAUAUUCAGAGCUGAACAAACAUUGAGGGCGACAUCUGAUUACAGAUUAAAAUUGGACACCAGAGACUUCUCAUGCGAGACCAGAGGGCAAAAAAAAGCUGGGUUCACAAACAGCAUGGAGAAGUUGGAAAUGAAAGUGAUGCAGGCCUGCAGAUCAGCACGUGUGAGAGUAGAUCGGAAAGCCUUGCAUAAGAAAGCUGAAGAGAAAUCCAGACUGAACAAAGAGUUCCGAGAGCUCUGUGCGAGACGUGCACCUAUGUUUUGGAUACCACUCAGAGCGCACUGUGUGUGGGAGAGGAUGUCUGUCACACUGGCCUGUACUGUGUUGGGAACACCAAAACCAGCCAUACAGUGGUUUAAGAAUGGACAGCUUAUUGAACUUAGAUCAUCACCACCUGGGAAAUACCGAAUCCAUAACGAGUUUGGCAUGCUUACUUUGGAGAUACGCAGAUGCACCAUGGAGGAUUCGGCUGACUACAGCGUUGUGGCUACCAAUAAUUUUGGGCAGGCAACUUCUUUUGCUAAUGUGCUAGUAAAAGAAUACCAAGGGUUAAAAGCAGGCUGGGAUUCUGUUACCUAUCCAUCUUUGUUGCCAGACUAUGAAGGUGAAUUUACCAGUGUCUUGGAGCCAGUGUUUACCAGAGAGAAAGAAUCCUUUGUCCUGUCCUGUUCUGUUUCCUCCAGCCUUGAGAGACAUAAGCCGAGUGUCGAGUGGUAUAGAGAUGGAACAUUACUGCAAGAGUCAGAGGGCAAGAAGAUAAGCUGUGAGGCUUGUGAUGUCUCUUACAGUGGGCCUACUGCUUUCAAAGAAGAUGAAGGAUUCUAUACAGUCUGCGUGCCCGCUCCAUCUGGGCAUCAGGAACAAACUGCAUAUAUGUUUGUGAAAGAUGCGGAGCCAGAAAAUGCCGGGGUUCCUGGGUCUCCGCUCUGUGUGCAGUGCCAUGAUGUGCUGACAGACUGUCUAGUUUUAUCCUGGAUUCCCCCGAGUGAGGAGAGAGGAAGCCCUGUAUGUGGUUACUACAUUGAGAGGUUGGAUACGUCAACAGAUCAGUGGAUCAGGUACAAUGAAAUACCAUCAAAGAUCUGCAGACUUCCUAUAUCUGGUCUCAUUGUAGGAAACACUUACCAGUUCAGAGUAAGAGCCCUCAACCAAGCUGGCAUAAGUCACCCAUCAAAGCCUAGUAAGCCAGUCACCAUGAGAGAUUUAACUCGGGAGGAAAAAACAAUAGAAAUUCCAUAUGAUGAAGGAAGAAAGAUUAUACUCAACAAAGAUGAGCUAGUGGAAGAUGUCAAGAUUCCCACACCGCCAACAAAUGUUCAUGCUUCAGAGGUCAGCGAGGACUAUAUUGUACUUUGCUGGAAUGAACCUGAUCCAUAUGGCAAAGAGCCUUUGACAUACCACAUAGAAAAGUGCAUUGCAGGAAGCAACAGAUGGGAGAGGAUAAAAUUGGACACAACUAUCAAUUCACCAAGCCUUUCUCUUUUGGAUCUGGAUAAAGGCAAAUCUUACUGUUUCCGAGUACGAGCUGUGAACAAGUACGGAGUCAGUGAUCCAUCAGCACCAAGCGCACCUAUCUCUCUCAGAGCAACAUUAGCUGUGCCACCAGCUCCUGGAUACAUCUCAGCCCUCAGAGACACAAAGACGUCUGCAGUCGUGCAGUGGGGAAAGGUUGAGUAUACUCCUGAGAUCCUUGGGUAUUACGUGUACUGCCGCCUUUUAGGGGAGGAAGAUUGGCAGCCAGUAAACAGCAAGCCUCUGCAGUGUACAAGGUUUAAUGUCCCGAAGUUACAGACUGGGAAAGAUUAUGAAUUCUGUGUGAGAGCAGUAAAUGAAGCUGGGCUAAGUGAAAGGUCACCUGUAUCCGACCCCUUGAACAUAAACGAGGCCAUUUACUGUCCAUCUGCUCCUUAUGAUUUUGCCCUCUUGAGCUGUGGGAAAGAGGAAAUGACCAUUUGUUGGAAGGCUCCAAAGUGCACAGCAGGGAGAGAAGUACUUGGAUAUUUUCUUGAUCAGCAUGAUCCGUCAGAUGUUGCCUGGCGAGAGAUUAACAGUGAACCAAUCCCAGAGAGAGUAUAUAAGGUAACAGGUCUGACUGAUGGGCAUUUUUAUGAGUUUCGUGCUCGAGCCUUGAAUUCAGCUGGGGUUGGGAAAAUGUCAGAGCCAAGUGACCUGUUUAAGUGUGAGGAGUGGACAAUGCCUGAACCAGGGCCACCGUAUGAUGUCAGAUGCAGAGAGGUACGCAAUAACACACUGAUGCUACACUGGGAGUGCCCUGUGUAUACUGGGAACAGCUCUAUCACUGGUUACUUGGUAGAGGCAUGUGAGGAAGGCUCUACGGAGUGGAAGAGGAUUAUUGAGAAGCCAACACCUGAAACACAUAUGAGGAUCUCUGAUUUAGAAACAAAGAAAAGUUACCAGUUUCGUGUCCUUGCUGUAAACACAUCUGGAGCUGGAAUUCCAUCUCUGCCAUGUGAUCCUGUGGUUCCUGCAAGCAAGCCAGGCACAAAUGAAAUAGAGGUUGGUGUGGACGAUGAAGGAUUAAUUUACCUUUCUUUUGAGAAUCCAGAGCCAAUCGAUUCCCCACAGUUCCUCUGGUCCAAAGACUACAAGGGAGCUCCAGAUCCUGAUAAAACAGAUAUCUCCACAGAAGGAAAUAAGUCCAAGGUAAUCCUGACAAACCCAUCUAAUGAAGAUGCAGGCAUCUAUUCUGUGGAGGUCCCAAAUACAGAUGGUGUGUCCGCUAGUCACACACUAACAGAAGAGGAAUUAUCUGAUUUGCUCCGGAAAAGCCACGAUGUCCAACACCCAUUAAUACAGAGAAUAUCAGGCUGGAAUGUGGAAGUGUUGGAGACUGGGGAUGUGCACCUCUGGUUACAGGUGGAGAAACUGUCUCCUGCUGCAGAGUUAGAGAUGAUUCUUAAUGACAAAGUCAUCGAAAAUACACCAAAACGGAAAAUAAAGUUUGACAAAGAGAAUGGUCUCAUUGAAAUCAUUAAGGAAGACUUUGGAGAAGAAGAUAAAGGAACUUAUACUGCCAAAGUGGUAGAUGGAAAAGCAUCAAACCAAUUCACUGUUACUCUUACUGGAGAAGACUUUGAUAAAGUUCUUGAUGAGUCCAAUAAAAAACGAAAACAGUGGAAAAAGAAGAAUGGGCCCCAUUUUGUGGAGCAGUUGCAGUGGAAGGUUACAGAAGACUGUCAUGUUUUAAUAAUAUGCAAAGUGACAAAUACCAACAAAGAGACCACUCUUAAAUGGUCUUUUGACAGGAAACCACUUUCUAAUGUGCAAUAUGAUGAAGAAAGUGGAUCAGGAAAACUGGUAAUCAAAAAGUUCACAAAUGAAGAGAAAGGACAUUACAAAGCCAUGGUGAAGGACAGCAGAGGAGAUGACAUUAGUGACUUGGACCUUACCAAAGAAGGUUUUCAAGAUAUAAUGAAUGAAAUUUGUAGAAUAAGUGCUCUCUCUGCCUCCCCAUUGAAAUGUCAAGGUACAGCUGAAGGUAUAAAGAUCUACAGCGAUGUGAAGUAUUUCACGGAGAGUAUGAAUCCAGUGUGGCACCACAAAAAUCAGAAAUUGUCCAGUACAGAGAGGGUUAAAUCAGGAAGCACAGUAAAUCAAGUCUGGCUUAAAGUGAGCAAUCCUACUGAUUCUGACCGAGGCCUGUACACACUAGAACUGUUUGAUGGCAAGGACACUCAGAAACGGACCCUGGACCUGAGUGGUAAAGCAUUUGAUGAUGCAAUGGCAGAACAUCAGAAAUACAAGGAAGUUGCAGUGAUAGAGAAGAAUCGUGCUAAAGUGGUCCGAGGUCUUCCAGAUCUGGCGACAAUAAUGGAAGACAAGACCCUGUGUUUAACGUGUCACAUAUCUGGUGAUCCUGCUCCUGAAAUCUCCUGGGUAAAGAAUGAGAAGAAAGUGGUCUUCAAAGAUCGCUAUAAACUGGAUGUGAGGGGUACGGUUGUAACUAUGACCAUAGAGAAGAUCUGUUCUGAGGAUUCUGGGCGGUACAGCAUUACUGUGAAAAAUAAGUAUGGUUCAGAGAUUGGGCAAGUGACUGUAAGUGUAUUCAAGCAUGGUGAAGAACCUGAAGAGCUUAAGAAGACACUGGGCAGUACCCCAAAGCUGUAGAUGUCAUCUACAGUAAUGAAAGCAGCUGUUAAUCUGAAUAUUUUAUUUGGGAUAGUUUGUGACUUAGCAACUGCUAAUUAUCAAUAAAUAAAACAUGCUGUACAUGUC